AUGCACUAUGACACCACUGGUCGGUCAGGUGGCCGUGGCCAUCGGCGUGCAACAGUCUGUAUAUCCUCCCAGAUUGGCUGCAAGAUGGGCUGCAAAUUCUGUGCAACAGGUACAAUGGGGCUCAAGGGAAAUUUAACAGCGGCAGAAAUAAUAGAACAACUGGUCCAUGCAAGGGCUGUGGUUGACUUCAGGAACGUUGUUUUCAUGGGCAUGGGGGAACCCUUGAACAACUACGAUGCUGUGAAGACAGCGGUUCAAGUGCUCACAGAUACCAAGCUUUUUGGUAUUAGCCGCCAGCAUGUGACAAUAUCGACUGUGGGCGUGAUUGGCAAAAUACGGCAAAUGGCUGUGGACUUGAAAGGGGUUAGCUUGGCAUUCUCACUGCAUGCAGCAACCCAGGAUGUCCGCGAGCGCAUCGUCCCCUCCGCUCGAGCAUACAAAUUGGACAAGCUCAUGGAAGCCCUGGAUGACUACAUGGCGGCAACAGAACAAAGAGUGUUUGUUGAAUAUGUGAUGCUGGCGCACAUCAAUGACUCCAGACAGGAAGCCGAUGCAGUGGGCUCGCUUCUUCAUGGCCGGAAUGUUGUGCUCAAUCUCAUCCCCUUCAACCCCACAUAUGCUGGAGAGGGGAUCAAAUUUGAGGCACCGCCAGCUGAAACGGUGUUGGCCUUCCAAGAGAUUGUGCGAUCGGUAUAUGGGGUGCCAUGCACAGUGCGACAGACAAAGGGGCCUGACAUUUCAGGUGCCUGUGGCCAACUUGUGGUCCAGACAUCCAUGGCCACUGGCUGUUCGUCACACACAGCUAUUGUGGACGUCGAAGAAUUGGCUGAUGGAAUGAGGUGA